AUGGAUCCCAUCUCCACCUGGAAUACUAAGAUGGUGGUGGCCUGGAUGAGAGGUGAGAGGGAGAGCUGAACUUUGGGGGAAUCUUUUUAAAUUGGACAGCUGUAUGUUGCUGGGAGGGUGCUGUAUCCGCCUAUUGUGCCUUCAUGGGACUCCAGGCUGGCCCAUACUCGAGGAACUGGUAGGAACCAGGAGGUGUAAAUCUGAGCUAAAACUGCAACUAUGACAGAGAUGGCAGAAGUGAAUAAGAGCCGACCUCUUUGCCCACAGGAAUGAAGCACAUUCCUGCUCAGGGCAGGCCCUUCUUACCUGGCCGGGCGGUUACUACGUGUUCAAUGGAGUGGGAGGAGAAGCCACUCCCCCAAACAGUGUUGUGAUUGCCACAACAUGCCUGAUUUUUCCAUGUGUUGACUGGAGAGGUAAGGAAAGGAUCUGGAAGUAGCUGUCGGACAUGGCUUUCUCCUCCUCCUUUGCCCUCUUCUGGCUUCUCUUUCCAAAUUUGCAGCCCUGGGAGAGCAAGGAAACCAGUGCCAGAUUUACGUAUAAGCUGAACAAACUGUAGCUUAGGUUCCCACUCUCUUGGGGGCCCGAAAAAAAAAGUUUAUGAAAAAAACACACUGGAUGUACAUUUCCAAAAUAUAAGAUAAAAAACAAAGUAAAACCUACAUACAGCAACAGUGGUUUGUGUUGUGUAGGCUCCUAUUUGUUAUGUCCAAAUGGCUUUAGAUACCUAUUGGGUCCAUGAAUUAAGAUAUAGCAUAUAUUCAACACAAAAAACAGUGACAAUUUGUUGUUGACAAAGGACAACUGGACAUAUAAAGGGCCCAAUUACCUUCAGUAGCUUAAGGCCUCAUCAAACCUAAAUCUGGCCCUGAAGGAAACAGAACUGGAAAACUAUGGGGGUGGCUGGGAAGAGGAAGAGAGAUCAGCCAAGUCCUCAUUUGUUUGCAAAAAUAAAAUUCUAAUUAGAUUUAGGACAGGGAUAGAGAAGCCUUGUCUUCCAGAUGUGUUUGUUUACAGAAUUUACAGUAUGUUGUUACUGUUGUGUAUUGAGUCAAAGGAUUUUAUAUCUGUAUUAUUAUUGUCUGUAUUUGCAUUAGGGUAAAGUAACUGCCUUUUGGUUCCAGAGGGUACAGCUACUAUUGGUUCAUUUAAGCUGCUGUAUUUGGAUCCUCUGUCUUAUUGGUUCCCUCCAAAAGGCAGGACUGUGAUUGCCUGAUAUUGUUCCCUCCAAAAUGUAUCCUUUCUUGCUAGUUCCCUGUCCCUAUAAAUGUAGCUUUCCUCUCCCCAGUCGUCAGUCUUGUUGCUUUAAUAAAGUAGUGUUACUAGAGAACUGUCUCCAGCAUGUUAUAUCAGGAGAGCUGAAAUCACAAACCCCACGUCACAACAACUGGCGACGAGGAUGGGAUCCGGAAUGCUGAGGAGCGGUUAAACGCAGCCCUGCCUCAGAGUCCGGAUUGCAGCUAAGAACAAGACUCACUGGCCAGCUGAGAAGACGACCCUGCCACAGGACAAUGGAGAGUCCAAGGGUAUUGGAGCCCUUCCAGCCAUCAGAGCCCGACACGUGGGAAGACUACGUCGAACGCUUUGAGUUCUUCGCAGAGGCUCAAGGGAUCACCGAUGCAAGCAAAAGAAGGGCCACAUUCCUGAGCUACUGUGGGCCUGAGACCUUCAAGCUGGCCAAGGCAUUGCUUGCUCCAGUGAAGCUAAGUGAGACAUCUCUCAAAGAUAUUCUUGCCGGCCUGACAAGCCACUUGGCGCCUACUGAGACCAAGAUGGCUCGGCGGAUGGAGUUUCAUAAGAGGCAGCAGCAUGCUGGGGAGUCUGUAUCUGCAUUUCUGGCUGGACUGCAGAAGCUCGCUCAGCACUGCGACUUCCAAAAUCUGGAAGAGACUCUCCUGGAUCGGUUUAUCGGUGGUCUGAGCAGCAAGAAGGCCAGAAGACGCAUCGUGGCUAAAGAAGAGGUUACCCUUGCUUCAGCCUUGAAAGAGGCCACCGCCACGGAGAAUUAUGAAAGAGAGGAGCUUGAUGCCAGUCGCAAGGCCCCUAAGCCACAGAUAGAAGUUGCGCAUGCCAUGGACGAGCUAGAGGCUACUCCGAGCCAGAGCCCAGUCCGUGGGGUCGAGUCAGUGAGUCAGGCCUGCACAGUGCACAAAGAUCACCGAGGCAGGUGCCCAGGUUGUGGCGGAAACCAUGAGCGGAAGAGUUGUUGUUUCCGGGAUGCUAUGUGCCGGACGUGCGGGAAGACAGGUCACAUCGCCAGGGUCUGUAGAUCGGCGGCGUUGGGAGCGACAGGAGCACCUAGACCGGAGCAUCGCAGACCGCCCGCAGCAACCCAUUUUCUAAAGGACUGCCACUACGUUACGGAGAUCAACGGGAGGGUCGUGCAGUUCCCAGCACAAGGCAAGGCACACGUCAAGGUGAAGAUUGAGGGUCAGCAGUGCGACAUGGAGGUGGACUCCGGAUCUGGAUUCACUAUCGUGUCGGACCAGACCGCAAGGACAUUCUUCCCCAGGGGUAAGUUGCCCCCUCUGGAACCCUUCCCGGCAACCUUGCAGUUAUACUCAGCGGGCCGCAUCCAUGUUAUGGGAAUGUGUGCCGUGAGAGUACAGUUCCGGGACAAACAGGCUGUACUCAAACUGGUGAUUGCGAAGGGCAGUCGCCCCAGUCUCCUGGGCACUGACUGGUUCUCCGCCCUAGGACUGAGUAUAUCAGGGCUUAAUUCAAUCCAAACCUGCCCUGAGAUGAGCGAGGCAUUAUGCAAAGAAUUUGCUGGUCUCUUUAAUGGAAAACUGGGUUGUUAUAAAGGGCCCCCAGUUGACUUCGAGUUGGACCCUGGGGUGGCCCCAAUCCGACUCAAACCAAGGCGAGUGCCAUUUGCACUGCAACCCAAGAUCGAAGCAGAGCUGGAGAAAUUGGUCAAGCAGGGAGUUCUCUCACCCGUGGACUCUGCUAAGUGGGAGACUCCAAUCGUCACGCCCCUUAAAGCAAAUGGGGAAGUCAGGAUCUGUGCAGAUUACAAAUGUACUAUCAAUAAGGCACUCAGGGAAACUCAUACCCCAUUCCAGUCGUAUCACAUCUGUUGGCUAAACUGGCUGGGGGCAAGGUGUUCGCCAAAAUUGACCUGGCACAAGCUUACCAACAGCUGCCAGUAACCCCACAAUCAGCGGAAGCACAGACUAUUGUCACACAUAAAGGGGCGUUCAGAGUUAACAGAUUACAAUUUGGAGUUUGUGUGGCCCCAGGGAUUUUUCAAGGGCUCAUGGAACACCUGUUAAGAGGUCUGCCGGGGGUCUUGCCAUUUUUUGAUGACGUUUUGAUUGCUGGAAAAGACCCACAGGAACUGGUUGCGCGUGUUCGUGCAGUGUUGCUCAAGUUCAAGGAGGUGGGGUUGCAACUGAAAAGGAAAAAUGCAGUUUUGGGGUGCCAACUGUGGAUUUCUUGGGGUUUAAAAUUGAUGCAUCAGGCAUCCACCCCACAGAUGCUAAGAUUAAGGCCAUCAUCGAGGCGCCACGACCACAGAACAAGACGGAGUUGCAGUCAUUCCUGGGACUUAUUAACUUUUAUCAUUCGUUCUUACCCCAGAAAGCUUCGGUAGCUGAACCAUUACAUAGACUGUUGCAGAAAAAGAAUGUGUGGCGAUGGGGGCAGGGGCAGCAGAAGGCUUUUGACUCCUUGCGAGGAAUGCUGAGUAGCAGGAGUGUCCUUGCUCAUUAUGACGAGUCAAAGCCUCUGGUCCUGGCAUGUGAUGCCUCUCAAUACGGCCUGGGGCGGUGCUAAGUCAUAGGGAACCGGAUGGGUCGGAAAAGCCCAUCUCUUUCUAUUCCCGUACGUUGUCGCCCACGGAGCGCAACUAUGCUCAAAUUGACAAAGAGGCGCUUGCAAUUGUGGCAGGAAUCAAAAAGUUCCAUGAUUAUGUGUACGGUCGCCAUUUCUACAUUGAAACGGACCACAAGCCACUGUUAGGGUUGUUCAACCCGAACAAACAAACGCCACAAAUUCUCUCCCCCAGAAUGUUACGUUGGUCUAUAUUCCUGAACGGGUUCCAGUACACCUUGACCCAUGUGCCGGGAAAACGGUUGUGCCACGCGGAUGCGCUGAGUCGAUUGCCCCUUCCUGGCGGGAGCACUGAGGAUCCUGCUCGAGCGGAGCACAUAAUGAUGCUGGAAACACUUCCGGGGCUCCUGUAACGGCUACUGAUAUAGCUGAGAAAACGAGGAAAGAUGCUGUUCUCUCCCGUGUGCUCACUUGGGUGGGGAGGGGUGGCCAGGUGGUCCGCAUGAAGACAAAUUCAGGCCUUAUGCGACUAGGCAGCACGAGUUGUCCAUGCAUAAGGGUUGUCUCCUGUGGGGAGAUAGGGUCAUCAUCCCAGCACCACUGAGAAACAGGGUUCUUGAGACGCUUCACAUGGGACACCCGGGAAUGGUCAGGAUGAAGUCGCUAGCCCGAUGUUAUGUGUGGUGGCCUGGAAUGGACCAGAACAUAGAACAAUGGGUACGAACAUGCAAGGCAUGCCAAGAGGUGCGGCCGGAAGUGGCCAGAGCACCAGUCCACUGGUGGGAGCAGUCCAGAUCUCCCUGGAGCCGGCUGCACUUAGAUUUUGCUGGGCCAUUCCAAGGAAAGGUCUUUUUGGUUAUCGUUGAUGCAUAUUCCAAAUGGUUAGAAGUGGCGAUGGUCCCUAGCAUGGCAUCAGCUGCCGUCAUCAAGGUGUUGAGGCAGCUGUUUGCAACCCACGGGUUACCUGAGACCAUUGUAUCAGAUAAUGGGGCAGCUUUUGUAUCCCAAGAAUUCAGGGCAUUCUUGGCUGAUAACUUCAUAAGAGGGGUCACAUCCGCGCCCUUUCACCCAUCCUCCAAUGGGCAGGCUGAGCGCAUGGUAAGAACAGCCAAAGAAUCCAUUGCGCGCUUAAUGGAGGGUAACUGGUCAGCUCGCAUCGCGCGAAUGUUAUUUUUGCAGCAUGCGACGCCGUGUACCGCAACGGGCAAGUCGCCAGCUGAGCUGCUCUUGGGUAGGAGACUGGUAACGGUGCUGGAUUAUGUCCACCCGGAUAAAAUGCCAAACCAUAAUUCAAGAGCAACCCCCCAGGCUGAGACUGACACAACAAGGUAUCUCGCCCCUGAAGAUCUGGUCUGGGUGAGGAGCUAUUCACGAGGUUCGCGGUGGGUGGCUGGUGUGGUCACCCGGGCUAGUGGACCUGUGUCCUAUUAUGUGACCUUGGAAAAUGGGCAAGUGUGGAAGAGACAUAUAGAUCAGCUGAGGCGCCGGGCGCUCAGCAGGGAGGAGCCAGAUAAUUCAUCCCUGGCUAACGACGCAGAGCUGCAAGACCAGAGUGAAAAUGGCACAGAGGUGCAAUCACCAGGGGCUUUAACAAAUGAACCAGGGUCUGCUAGUCCUCACGAUGACGAGGUACAGAUAGGGGACCCUGAGAUGUCGGGGACUCCAUCUGUUCCUGACGAAACCCCUAGAGCAGCCCCUCUACCACAGGUAACACCCAAUUCAGAACCUGCAACACCUGUUGUCAGGAGAUCAAGUAGAAGUUGUAGGCCCCCACAGUACCUGAGAGAUUACGUCUGCUGUGCUCACUAGGGGGGAAGGGGUGUUGUGUAUUGAGUCAAAGGAUUUUAUAUCUGUAUUAUUAUUGUCUGUAUUUGCAUUAGGGUAAAGUAACUGCCUUUUGGUUCCAGAGGGUACAGCUACUAUUGGUUCAUUUAAGCUGCUGUAUUUGGAUCCUCUGUCUUAUUGGUUCCCUCCAAAAGGCAGGACUGUGAUUGCCUGAUAUUGUUCCCUCCAAAAUGUAUCCUUUCUUGCUAGUUCCCUGUCCCUAUAAAUGUAGCUUUCCUCUCCCCAGUCGUCAGUCUUGUUGCUUUAAUAAAGUAGUGUUACUAGAGAACUGUCUCCAGCAUGUUAUAUCAGGAGAGCUGAAAUCACAAACCCCACGUCACAACAGUUACUGUUAAUCAAUUUAUUACUCGGCUAUCUGUAUGUUUUUAACACUCGAUUGGGAGCCACCCAGAGUGGCUGGGGAAACUCAGCCAGAUGGGUGGGGUAUAAAUAAUAAAUUAUUAUUAUUAUAAAUUAUUAUCACCAGCAGGUUGCAGAGUGGGUUGCCACAAAUGAAGUUCAGCAUUCUAUCCACUUCUCACUUAUCCUGCCCUGAGAUCUUACAAUGAAAGGUAGUUAAUAAUAAUAAUAAUCUCAGGACAGGUCACAACCAUUUAAAAUAAAACAGCUGUAAUUUGUAUUUUUCGUUCUAUAGGGCGCACCUAGUUUUUAGGGGGGGGGAAAUAAAGGGGGGGGGAAUUAUUUCCCCCCCCCCAGCCCCAAAGAGCAAAGAAGCCAAGACAGCGAGCGGGAUCCAUCCCGCUGGCUGUCUUGGCUUCCUCUUUAGCCAUGCGCAAACUCUCCAGCCGGGAGAGGUUGCGAGCGGCUUCGUUUUUAGCCGCGGGGCUGGGGUGGGGGAAGCCCGAGCUUCCCCUGACCCCAGCCCCCAGAACACGUCCAGGAGCCUGUGGGGCUGGAGACGGGGGCUUCCCCUGACCCCAGCCCCCAGAACAGGCUAUCCACAACCCUUGAGCGCAGCGGGAACUCCUGCCAGGCUCAGAAGGCUUGUAGAUAGCUGCCUGAAGCCUGGGGAGUGCAGCGGCAGUUAGCGCUGCGCUCCCCGGGCUUCAGGCUGCAGGCUGCCAUCCACAAGCCUUCGGAGUGCUCCGAGGCUUGCAGAUAGCUGCCUGAAGCCUGGAGAGCGAGAGGGGUAGGUGGGCACCGGCCCUCUCGCUCUCCAGGCUUCAGUGAAAGCCUGCAUUCGCUCCAUAGGAUGCACACAAAUUUCCCCUUCAUUUUUGGAGGGGAAAAAUUGCGUCCUAUAGAGCGAAAAAUAUGGUAAUUAGAUUUAGGGCAGGGACGUGGAACCUUGGCCUUGUAGAAGUGUUAGUUUAAAGAAUUAAUCUCCUCCUCCUCCUCACUACUGAUUUCAGUGCGGGUCAUUGCAAUUUAAAAUGCAACAACCAGCAAAGGCAAAAAAAUCACAGCUGCUAAUUCAUCUGCUGUUUGACUCCAACUCCUAUCGGCCACCCCCACCUCCCAAAGCAUGGCCAACAGUCAGGGAUGAUGGGAGUUGUAGUCGCACUAGAUUUUGAGGAGGACAGCUUCCCCAUCUCUGAUUUUGGGGAAGAAACCAAAGCCAUAAAAAUAUUUGUGGCCGCAUGAUGUUUGACUACGUCUUUCUCUCUUCUGCUCCCUUCCCAAGACUCCCCCAAACAUGUGAUUUCAAAGUUAAAAUAUGAGAUUCUGUAAGCCUUGCCAAAUUUGUUAUCAGCUGUAGAAAACAGAGUCAUAAAACUCAGAUAAUGCUUCUUGCAUGCCUGGAUGGAAGAUGGGGGGGCGGGGGGGGGCCUGUGUGAGUGUAUUUGGAAACUAACCUACUAUGCAAAAGUAAAAAUGACAUUCAUUGCUCCUGCCACUUUUCAGCCUACCACUGGCAUGUGACCCUUGCAUGGUUACCCAAAAAGGAUCCCCGGGCUUUAAAAAAAUUGGUUCCCCACCCACCUCCUAACUGAAUAUGCCAAAGGUUGAGCCUGGGGCCUUUUGCAUGCCAAGCAAGUGCCCUGCCAUUGAUCUAUGGCUCUUUCCAAAACUUCUGGGCCAGUUUCAUGAAAGAAAGAGGAUCAAAUGCUUUCCUCUCCUGCGUUUAGGUUUGGAUCCGGUGUUACAAGACUAUCCCUUUGAGACGUGGGGCCUGACUGGGAAGGGGCUGCUUCAUCUGUCGUAUCGGGACCUGGAGGAUCUGGGCAUGAGGCGCGUUGGCCAUCAGGAGCUGCUUCUGGAAGCUGUGGAGCAGCUCUGCGUAUUGGUGAGCACAUGGCUGUGAACCUCAGUGCAGGUCACAAAUUCCUCAACAACUUGGGCCUCUGAAGUACUUUAAGGACCAUCUGAUUCCUUAUAUUCCACCUCAACUUAUGACAGGGCCCUUAAGGUGGUUCCACCCAUGAGAUUCAGUUAACCUUCCACUAGGGAGCAAACCUUUAGCGCGGCAGGCCCUGUCUUAUGGAGAUUCAGGGGGGAACCUUCCCUCCCUUCUUUCUUUUGAAAACUUUAUUAUUUAGACUAGCCUUUGUACUAUGAAUUUUCUCUUUUUUGAUCAAUUGCUCCAGUCUGUCUCUCACACAGAUCUCUUCCAUCAAUCUUCUCUGUUUAUGUGUCUUCAUAAAAAAAAUCUCCAGCAUUUUCAUGCAACACUAAACACAGUUGUGCAGUUAUGCAGUUGUGACCACCUAUUUUUGCAAGCAGUUUCUCCUAAUAUAAUGCAUUUUUGUACGUUAUUUUCACUGAUAUCUUCCUUUUUCUGCAUGUUUCCCCUUGAUAUAUGUAUUUUUUUGGUAAGCAUUAUUUAGCUGGGAAACUGCACUGCAAAGUUAAGAGAAGUGUCAGUUUCAAAGCAUGGCUGUGUUUGAGUUCUUGUUUUGAAAAGUGCGAAUUUGGUUUAAUUUCUCCUUUAAAUGCGAACUGAACCAAAUCCGACCCCCCUACUUUGAGUGAAACUUAGCUGUAUACAAGCCUUUGUUUUCAUUAGUGAGGUCAGCUGGGCUUGUUUCCCUCUCCCUAGAACUAUGACCUGGCAACAACCAACCUGCAGGUGCUGACUGAGAAGCUGCAAGGCAUUGUAAGGACGAUUGAAACCUUCAUCUUGAGCCGUAGGAAAGUUAACACCUACGAUGGAUACACUAUGGAGAAACCCUCUUCGGACCUCCUAGGCUGUGUGGUGGAGCUGAUUGGCGCUGCAAAGGGUCUCUUCUUAUGGCUCAACAGGUAAAGAUUGUCAUGAUCAUCUUCUCCAUUCCCUUUAUUUCUAAUGUUCAGGCUGUGAGCGCUGUUUAUGUCAUGGAAAUGGCACCUCCCAUCCAAAAGAGCGAAGUUGUGUGUUUGUGAAUGAAUCUCCCAAACAGUCAAAUGAGGACUGAGUAAUACUCUGUGGUCCUGGAACACUGACUGGCUCUUAGGGGAGAACGGAAAACAAGUUGGGAGAUGGAAUGGAGUGGAGUGGCUGGGAUCCUGAACAGUAGAUUUCCACGCUGCAGCAUUUUGUCACAGACCCCAUUGGUGUAGACCAGGUGUGGGAACCUUUGGCCCUCCAGAUGUUGCUGAACUAUAGUUUCUAUCAUUCUUGGCUAUUGGGUAUGCUUGCUGUGGAUGAUGGGAACAUCCAGAAGGCCAAAUGUUUCCCACACACAGAUACUGCUUCUUGUUAUCUACUUUGGGGCAGUGGAGAGGAGGUAGUCUGUACACUGAAUUAACUUAGGAAAAUAAUAUAAAAGGGCUGGAUAGGGGAAAGGUUUCAUGCAGAUUUAAGGGAGAUGGGUGUGUUGAAUGGAAAGGGUUUGGGAGUGUUUAAAUGAUGAUUCACUUGUAGAGUUCUGUACCCGAGGGGAGAUAAGGAGUAAACAUUGAGCCUGUGUCUUCAUCUCUUUGGUCUGAGAGAAAAGGUACCAAGGUAAAUUGGAGGUCCUGUGUUCAGCUUCAAACACCCACUGGCUGCUGGGCCAAUGCCAGAGCUCGGCAUAAUCAAGUAGGAGGCCAUUUUUCUGAGAGCCAAAUUGGAGCCAGAUGUCAGCGGUUUUUCAGACUGUCUAUGAGAACAUAGGAAGCUGCCAUAUACCACAUUAGACUGAUGGUUUGUUUAGCACAGUAUUGUUUAUUCUUGCAGUGUUUCUCUUUUCAGUGCAGUAUUACUUACCUGUAAUACCAAAGUCAGGUGGAGAGUAGACAGAAAUGGUAUUAAAAUGGGAUCUCCGAGUAUCAAGUAGGAGGUAUUGGCAUGUGGGAAGCAGGCUCAUUUAUCUUUUCUUGCAGGUAUCUCUUCUCCCACCUUAACGAUUUUUCAGCCAGCAAAGACAUCAUCUGGCUGUGUGGAGAUCUAGCAGAGAUUAUGAAAGCGGUAAGUUGUUCAAAGACAAUGCCUAUAAUGUGUGUUUUCUGGGAAGCUUAGCUUUGGCCCUCUCUGGGAGAAUAAGUGCCUAUUUGUGCCUCCAGCUGAAAGUAUUCUGAAGGCCAGAAUGUCCAGUGGGUCUUUAACUGCCAUAAAUCUUUGUACUACUAUCCAGAGGUGAUUAGCUGCCCUGCAAUGGCAAGGCAAGUGACUUGGGUGUGCUGGCUCUGUUGGGUCUUCUCUAGUCCUUUCUCACUCUUAGCAAGCUGGGCUUACAUGUUUUGGGGGCCAUAGGCUUUAUAGAUGCAGGUUGUGCUGUGACUCCAGAAACUGACACCUGCUCUAUGCUGCUAAUUCCAUUUGCUGGGAAUCACAAGUAGGAAAAGCCCUGCUGAUUUGGUGUGCUCAGAUCCUGUUUGCAGGCUUCCCAUGAGCUGAAUGCUUGACUUGAAAUGAGUUUGGUCCACAGGAGGUUGUGGACUUUCCAACACUAUGUGAAGAAUUCAUAAUUCAGCAUGCUUUAGGAGGGGUUGGACAGAUGUUUUCCCCAAAUAUGUGCUGUACCCUAUGACGAUUUGCUGACGGCUCACCACAGAUGGGGAUGCACCUUAUCACAGGCUUUCCCCAUAUGCAGGACACACCCAGACUAUCAUGUGGUUUGGUGAAAUUGAAGCUGGUUUUAUUUUUGUGCCUCUUGAGCUGAUCUUAUGCUCCCACACCAUGGCCACAUACUUAACUGAAGCCUCACCCUGGGACAUGGUGAGUUGUGAUCCAGUUACAUUGUCGAGAGCGUUCGUAAGACUUCCUCCGUAUGUCCCAAAUUCUUUCCCACCAACACACAGAAAGGCAAUUUAAUAUUGAUUUCCUUCGCUCCAUUUGGACAGUGCAGCAUAGGUUAGAACACAUAUCCUGAUUUGAGCCUCUCGGUAUACAGGUGAUCAAACUAUGAUUUCAUUUUCGGUAUGUUUGGCAUUCCUGUUUCAGGGGAGGAGUAGCAGACUGAACUAUGGUUUAUCAUUUCAGGCAUCCACACUAUAGCACCUCCUUCAUUUAGGUGUGUAUUCUCCAUUCAGUGCCUGAGGCCUUAUUCUGAGUGCCAAAUGUGGUUCAAAGAGUGUCUUGCCCAGUUGAAGAACCUAAUUGUGAAAUACUGUACUUUAUUCUUUUUGGUGUUUUAAACAGAACAUGCAUGGCUAUGAAUUUUCUUUUCUCCUUUCUAUCUAGCUAUCUUUUAAGUGUUCCUGUGAUCUGCUUUUGUUUGCUGUUAUAGUAAUUGGAAGAAAUUACUAUGGUGUUUUGUUUUGUUUUUUGGACUUUGUGUGAAGUGUUUUUGUUUGUGUGUUAAAAUGUAACUCAUUUGGAGUUUAUGCUUAUGAGGAAAAGUGGGCUGUAAGUUUGAAUAACAACAAUAAUAAUCAAUAGGGAAACUUCAUUAACUGCAGUUUGGUGUGAUUUCAAAACUGAGGUUGUGUAAACACCAUACAUUUAAAACCUGCCCCAAAGAAUGUUGAGAACUGUAGUUUAAGGGUGCUGGAAACUAUAGCUCUAUAGUGCUAAACAACAGUUCCCAUUAUUCUUUUUGAGAGAAGGUGCUUUAAAUAUAUUGUAUGUACAUAGCUGAGCUGUGUUAAGAAACAGUCUGCAAAUUGGCCUGAAGUUUAAUGAGCUUCCUGCAGAUACUAUUGCAUCAGGAGGUUUGUUUUAUGAUGUAAGAACUGGGUCAAUCCUUCGGAACUCCCUUCCACAACACAUGAGACAAGUGCUGUCUCCAUUGUCAUUUCAAUGUUUUUCAAAAAACCUUCCUUUUUCAACAAGCCUUUUAAGUGGAGAUUCUUCUCCCGGUCUGUGUUUGUGUUGGAUUUGAAAUUGGAUUGAUGUUUCUAUUGUUAAUCCCUUAGUUUAGGGUGUUUCCUAGGAAACUGUUCAGAAAGGAAAUAAAGGCUGUGUGUAAAGCACAUUCGAAGUACGUUCCCUGCCUCAAAGAAUUCUGGGCCCUGUAGUUUGUUAAGGGUUUCUGGGAAUUUUAACUCUGGGAGGGGUAAACUACAGGGCCCAGAAUUCUUUGAGAAAAAGAACAUGUUUUGAGUGUACUUUAAAGGUACGCUGCUCCAGAAAGAUGAUCACCCCCAUGUUUGGGUCAGAGAGGCCAUCCAUCUGUGGGUUGUAAGGUGCCAAGCUCUGUGGCUCUUUGUUGGCUGACAGAGGAUGAGACACCCUAUUCUGAACUUGAAUGAACUGAGGGAAAUGGCAGCUGACCAGAAAUGGGUGGGAGGAGUGAGACCGAGAAGAGCGAGGUAAACAAAACUGGACGGGGGUGAGGGAGCGACUUGUUUUUUGUAGAAAUAAUCCAGUGAGUCACGCUUUGGGAUCGGGGUCAGGGCUGGAUAGCUGAGUUUGGGGAAUCUCCAUUUUUAGUUGGAUGUAGCCCAGUGAAAGGAAGCAUAUGCGCUGAGGGGAGACAGAGAGAAAGUCUCUUCAGGGAAGCUUUUACAGGUAGGCACAGCGGUAGGUAGCUUCUUUGUAAAAUGUUCCUGCUCUGUGUGACCUUCUGCGAUGGAAUCUGUGGAAUGAGCUGGAGGGACUUGAUGACAAAUGGUCCUACUGGAAAAUCCCGCCAGCUCUAGACGAGAGCAUGGGAAAGGAAAGGAAGGAAAGUGUGAAGGUCGUAAUAGCAAGAAAUUGUCAAAAGCUCCAUGCUAUAGAUUUCUUAAAAGAGCUGGGAGCGGAGGGGAGGGGCCUGACAAGGUGUGCCAUGUUGCAGAAGAAACUAAAGAAUUUGGCUUCUUUAUCUAAGUAGAAGUACCGUAGCUAGAAACUUGAGGUGAGUUUCCCCCCCCCCUCCCAUUGUAGUAUUAUAAGUGGAAACAUUUUACCUCUACUAAAACCAUUUGAUAUUUAGGGGUGUCCUACCAGGUGAAUGAGAUUUUAUGGCAUUUUGAAGCAAAGGGUGUGUGUGUGUGUGUGUGUGUGUGUGUGUGUGUCAGUUUGUAUCUUUUUAGGGCUGUACAUUUGAAGCACAUUUAAAGCACACACACACACCAAGAAUCCUGGGGACUGUAAUUUGGUAAGGGAAUUGUAGCUGUGUGAAGGGUAAAUUACAGUUCACAGGAUCCAUGGAGUGGGUGUGCUUUAAAUAUAUGGUGGGCAUGCAGCCUGUAUUGUUCGUUCUAUAGUGCUUUUAAGAUAAAAAACAUACAAAUGACCAGGAAAGAAGAAUGUGCCCAACUCAUUUUGACAGAUGGGAAGGGAAGCUGGGAAUGUGGUGGGAGAAGCUGAUCUUCAUUCAGCUGUGAUCUGCAAACCAUCUCCAGCCUGUAGGGUAGGACUUAGAUGUGUGUAUUCUGAAAAUUUCAUAUUCUUUCAUAGCGUCUCUUAGUACUCUGCUUUUCACUCUCUUCCUUUUUUCCCUUCCCCACUUCCCACAAGUAUUUGUUUUGUUUGUGUAGUUGGGUUCCUGUCAUUAGUAUUUGCUGGGAAAUCUGAGUCUCUGGUCCUGAGACUUGGGGCUUGAGCCUGGGAGCCUGAGGGUGGUGCAUGUUGGAGAAGGGGGCAGAGACUUUAAAACUUAAUGUUUGUAUUUUAAAGACAUCUCAAGACUCCUUCUAAUUGUGCUCCAGUGCAGGAUUGUUGUAUCUUCAAACUGUCUCUAUUUAACUGGAACAGUCUCUGAAUUCUGGCGCCUGUCUCUGAUCGUACAUUGUCUCCAUUUUGCCCUUUUGCUGGAUGCAUGUAUGAGAGCCGGUAUGGUGUAGUGGUUAGAGUGGAGUUGCACUAGGACCUGGGAGACCCACGUUCAAAUUCCUCACUCAGCAGUGAAGCUCACUGGGUUAUCUUGGGCCAGUCUUUUUCUCUCAGUCUGGCCUACCUUACAGGGUUGUGGUGAGGAUGAGAUGAGGAGAGGGAGAACUGUUUGUGCCACUUUGAGCUCCUUGGAGGAAAGCUGGGAUAUGAGCUUUGUGGCUGUUUAGGGUUUUUAACUCUGGUCUCCCAGGUCCUAGUCCAACACUCUAACCAGUGCACUUUCUCUCUCUCUUUUUAAGGGGGGAUCUAAGGAGAUAUUUUAAAAAUCCAUUGGAUCAGCAUGUGGUGAGCAGAACAGUAAAUAGUCAUUUUACCUCCAGUAUAAUUGCAUCCAAAAACACAUCAUUUUGUGGAAUGUGUACCGUACCUCCCUCUGAGAUGUGUGCAUGGCAUGACUUGGAUCCUAAUGCCCUACGUAACUGGGGGAAGGUCAGUGUUUGAAGAUAAGAUGCCCUAGUGUGAUCUUUCUUGAUCCUGGAAUACCAUUGAGUGGAACACACAUGAUUGAUGACUGCGCAAUCUUUCUGGCUGUCAUAGCGGAAAGCCAGAUCCCUCAGGGCAACUUGCCUCCAAUGCACACGCAUGCAGAUGCACGCUUGUGUACAUUUAAGAUGCCAUGUGUGCACAGCUUGAUGAGACUUGCCUUGAGUUGUGGAUAGCAGAUGAAAAGACAGAGCUGUCCUCUAUAGUACAGCUUUCCUCAACCUGGUGCCCUCUAGAUUGUAUUUUGAACUACAGUUGUGCUGGACUGGGCUGAUGAAUGUUAUAUAUCAAAACAUCUGGAGGCCACCAGAUUUUGGAAAACUGUUUUAGUCUCUUUCACACCAAAAAACCCCCCUGAAAUGCAUUAAUGGUGUUCUUAUUUUUCUGUGUGUGUUUUUAAUGCUGCAGGGAAUAUGGUCAAUGGUACGCCAUGUGGAAAAUAUAUCCAUCCCUUGUUGACCCUAGAAGGAAGCUGAGCCAAACCUAGGAUCUAGUAGCCAUUACCCACCAUUCUCAUGGCUCCUCCAGAUAUUCUAUUUGCUUAGCAUUCAGCUUGAUUUGCUUGCACAAAACUUGCAUGGUAGUUGGAAUAUGCCCAGCCUUUACUGAGUGUUCUUCUGAUUUGUUUACAAGGCAGUUAUCUGACAAUGGACAUUAUCCUGAUUUCCUUGCAGGCUUGUCUACACAUCUUCCUGUUGAUCAUUUGUUCAUCCACACAUUUUGGUGCAUUUCCCCAUCACUUCCCUAACUGCAGAAAGUCCUUUGGGGCCAAGCACUUUAAUUGUGCAAACCUAAGUUUCUGGUAUGGGCCUGCAAGAUAAGGACCGCCUGGAGGCACCCAGAGUUAGGAGUGUGGAUGAAGCAACUGGCAGGGGUAGGCAUUGGAGGGAAUUAACAUGCAAUCUGUACUACACCUGCGCAGGUGAGCUUGUUUCCCUGGUCACUGGUACACUCAGAGAGACUCCCUGCUGUUUCUGAAUGAACAAUUGCUUCCAGGCUGUUGCUAUCUUUGGGUGGGUUUCAGUCACAUACUGGCGAAUUCAAGCUAUCCAGUUAGUGUUGAUUGAGAGGUCUUGUGCAACAAACCUGCUUCUCCAAAAAGAUCAGACUUUUCAUGAUAAGCGAAGUGAUGAGUAAAUGCAGAGGAAAGUGUGAGAUCACACUUGCCUUGAUGCAGCAGCAUUUAACCUCCCCAUAAACAAAUCAAGAAUGGAUUCUCAUUGAAUAAACAACCUUGUCUAAUCUCCCUGCAAACAAAUCAGGAUGAAUGAUCAGGUGAACAGGUUAUCUGGAAGGACCCUAGUUUUUACCUGUUUCUGGAAUAGUUUGAAGAGUCUAGCUUGGUUUUCUUUGUACUUGCAGGACUGCACUGUCUCUGAGAGGGAGGACCGGAUUUUACUGAUUGUAAGUACUGCAAUCUGCAGAUGGAAUGCGUUAUGAGAUGAGGCCUGGUGUGGAAUCUUGCUUUAAAUUCUUGGGCUGACAGCUAUUUUUUUGGGGGGGGUUUCAGGUCCCUUUAUUCUAAAUUGGACAUUGUCAAGUACACAAGCCCCCUCAGAUGGCCAAGUAUGUUUUACUGGCAUGGGAAAUGUGUCUAUCGCCUCUGUUCUGGACUUGUGCACACCAGGGAUGUACAGCAGAAAAUGUUCCAAAACAGCAUAUUUCCCAUUUCUUAAGUUCAUUAGGGAUGAUGAAUGCAUGCCAACUCCAAGCUUGACAAUUUCAAAGUUUUGCUUUUGUUUACUAGAUACAGAUAAAACAGCUAAACUAGAUCAUUCUGUACAGUGGUACCUCUAGUUACGAACUUAAUUCGUUCCAGAGGUCCGUUCUUAACCUGAAACUGUUCUUAACUAGAGGCGUGCUUUCGCUAAUGGGGCCUCUUGCUGCUGCUGCACCACUGGCACAUGAUUUCCGUUCUCAUCCUGGGGCAAAGUUCUCAAUUCAAGGUAACUCUUCCAGGUUAGUGGAGUUUGUGACCUGAAGCGUUUGUAACCUGAGGCGUUUGUAACUUGAGGUACCACUGUAGUUGAUAUGAUGUCUUCUAGAUGUUGUUGGACUACAGUUCCCAUCAUCCAUGACCAUCGGCCAUGCUAGCUGAUGGAGUCCAGCAACAUCUAGAGCGCACCAAAUUGUGGAAGUCUGAAACAACCUAUUGAUUUAUAUAUUUAAAAAAAACUGAAUAGUAUGGAGAGAGUGAACUGGGAGCAAUUAUUUUUCUUUCAAAAUUGAACACUUGGCGUAAUCUAGCUAAAUAGCAUAGUCUUACUAUGGAGUAAGCUGCAUUUGGGAAAUAGCAGGAUAACUGGUCUGCAUCUUGCUUCCUGACCCAGGUCACAUCCACACCAUACAUUUAAAGCAUGUUGAUUCUCACUAAGAACCCUGGGAAAUGCAGUUUGUUAAGUGUCCUGGGAAUUGUAGCUCAAUGAGUUCCCAGGAUUCCUUGGGCGAAGCCAUGACCAUGAAAGUGCUGUAAAUGUGCUAUAAAUUUAUGGUGUGCAUGUAACCUCCCGGUUAGCAAAUGCAUUUUUUAAAAAUCGGGGUAGGGGAAGAUAUAGGAGGAUCCUGUGCCUCCAAUUGCAUUUGUUCUUACCUCUGUCAGAAGGUUCAUAAUCCACCUGGCUUCUUCUAAAAGAAUGAGUUUUUCCCUCUUUGCGCCUUGCAGGGCAGACACAUCUCAGGAAUCUGUGAGCACAUCUUGAAUUACAGUCCAGCUGAACUCCUGCAUCGAACUGCCAUCUUGGAGACAGUGGAACUUGUGGCAGCAGGUCCAGAGGACAGUCUGGUGAGCCUGGCAGGCUAUUUUAUGUUUUGUUUUGUUUUGUUUUGCAAGGCUGUCGCAGGCAAAAGAGCUGAGUGCAAAGCCCCCACCCACAGUUAUAAAGUGCAUAUCCAGCACUUAUAAAGGCGGGUGUGAUAUUUGGCUGCUUCAGCAUGAAAUAAGAAAGAGGAGCAGGAAAUCAAUAAUAAAUAAUAAUCACAACAACUAGCACUUACUUACCGACCGGAGGGAAUGGGAAAGUCCCACAAAGCAACAUGAUGCAGCUAAACAGCAUUUUGCGCUGCUCAGCUUUAUCUAUACUGACUGGCAGCGCCUCUUGAGUGUGUCAGGCAGGGAGUCUUUCUCAGCCCUACCUGGAGAUGCCAGGAAUUGAACUAAGAACCUUUUGCACGCAAGCCAGGUGCUCUGGCCCUGAGCUGUAUGGCUUUCCCUGUUUAUGUAUGUCUGUCAAAGCUGGGUUGGCAAAGUAAAAUGUCAGGUCCCUCUCCUGCAACCUGGAAGCCCCCAGAAUAAUUGUCCUUUAUUGAAAGAAUGUUGACCUUCAUCACGGGCAGGGUGAAUGAACUCUUCUCCCUCCUCCCUUUAAGUUGUCUUAAACAGAGUCAGGCAGGGAUGUUGUUGGGUACUUAAAAGCAGUGAGCCCAUGACAUAAAAUUGCUUCUGGGCAAAUUAAGACAGCUGGAGCUUCACUGUUACUGUGCUCUAAGCACACCUAGCCGCCCUGUAAACAACGGGUGUUUUUAAACAAAACAAAGAUUAUAGAGAAGAAAGGACAGGAGAUCUGGGUGUCAGUGCAAAAACCCCAGGGCUCAUGCCAUCUGCCCCCCCCCCCAAGACAGGCGUCUAGUCAGUUAAGCCCAUCAUUGUCUAUUCUGCAAACUGAUCCUUUUAUCCAGAGAUACUGGGGAUUUCACCUGCAAACUUCUGCAUGCAAAAGCAGGUGCUCUGCUGCUGAACUACAACUCUUAUUCUGCUGAUAUAGCAAGAUGCCUUAUACUGAGUCAGGCUGGGAAACCAGGGUUCAAAUCACUACUCGGCCAUGAAGCUCAUUGAGUGACCUUGGGCCAGUUACUGUCUUUUAACCUAGCCUACUUCAGGGGUUGCUGUGUGGAUCAAAAUGGGGAGAGGGAAAACCAUGUAUGCCGCCUCGAACUCCAUGGAGGGAUAACUAUGUGAAUAUUUAUGGGUCUCCAAAGCCUCAGAUACGGGUCUUUCCCAGCCCAGCCUGGCAUUGCUGGGAACUGAACCAGGCAACUUUUGUGUGCAUAGUUAAUGCUCUUUUACUGAGCUAAGAUCUCUUCUGCCACUGUCUCAGUAACCAUGUCUGCUGCAUCUUUUCCUCUUCAGGGCAUUGAGAUUAAGUCCUCGCCCACCUGUCUCCAUUUCAUAUCAGGAACUGCCCCAGAGGUGAGUCAGAAAGAAGACACAGGGGUUAUUUGUGUCUUAGGGGCAUUCCCAGACUUGUCACUAUAUUUCACAGAGAUUCGGUUUCAUGCUGGCAAAUUGAAGAUGCACAAUUAUAGUUGACUGUGGGAGGUCUUGUGCAACAAACUUGCUUCCCUGAAACCUCAGACUUUUCAUGCUAAGGAAAAUGCACUGGAAAGUCUGGGAUAAACACUUGCUUUGGUGCAACGUCAUCUGUCCUCCCUGUGAACCAACUGGCAUAAAUGCUCAUAGCCAGCAUCACCUCAUCUCCUCGCAACAAAUCAGGAUGAAUGCUUAAGCAGGUCGCCUUGAAACGCACUCUGGGUUUUCUCAUAGGGAAGAAGGGAGCAUUAACUUAGGUCCUAAAAUAGUGCCCUGCCCUGUCCCAUCACAGUGACUUCAGGUCUUUGAAAUGAGCCUGUGUGGGAAACCUAGCAACUCAUCUAGAGGUGGGGGAGCUCAUAUUUCUUCCUCAGAUUGUGCCAGGCAGAACGUGGCUUAGCCCACCUGCUUUGCUUUCUCCCCCCCCCCCCAACAGUGACUCUGCGUCAUCCGAAGCUUGGCCAAAACCUUGGCGUGUGUGUGCGCGCGCACGCUGUUCAGCCCAGCUAGUUUCUUCAUUCCUUGCCUCCUUGCUGAGCAGGAAUUACCCCAAAGGUCAGAGCUUGAAGUUAAUACUUAAUCCCCUCUGCAGCAACUCCCCAGCCCUCCCCCAGUCUCAACUUUCACUGUCCAAGAAAGCUGCUUACUUGGAUUUGUCGAAGAGUGAGAGUGUCCAGGUUGCCUCCUUCUCCCUUCCGGCAAAGGAGAUCUUGACCUUGUUUGUUGCACGUGUUGCUCCCUUCCAGUCCCCGGCUGAGCACUGCAGCAGUGGGAUCCUUCCGGGGGAUGAGAUAGUGCAAGUCAACAACCAGGUGGUGGUAAGUGUGGGCCUCUUCCUUAUUUGGCUCUGUGGCUGACUACUUGGGCAGGACUAACUAGGAUGCUAAGUUGGCUACUGCGGUGGGCCGCAGCCAAAUUCGAUGGGUCUUCAUUAAUGCCAGGCUCAGAUUUUCCUCCUGCGAUGCUGCUGCUUGACUGCCUUGUCUUGUUUUGAUGUGGGUUUGGUAGCAGUGAUAGAAAGUCGUGGAGGCAGAGCAUAGCAGUCAUGGCUAGUAGCUGUUGAUGCCUUUAUCCCCCAUGAAUUUGUCUAAUCCUCUUUCAAAGCCAUCCAGGUUUCAGACAAAUUUGCAGAGAACAAAAUAGGCUAUCCGUGCUUCACCUUCUUAAAAAUGGCAAUUGGUUGCCUCCUAUAGGUAAAUUUGCAGCUAGCAACUGGUGAGUGCAGCAGCUCAGGCCUUUAGCCAGAAAUAUUGUGGUGGUGAGGAAGCCUAAGGGUACACAGAAAGUUAAUUAAUUGUGUGACACGUCAGUAACAAUUUUUAAAAUAAAUCUUAGAUGCCUAGUGCUUGCCAAAAUCAACAAAUGAUCUUCUGGCAUCUUAAGACUAAUACAUUUUAGCGUGGCACAAGGAUUCAGGGGCUAGAGUUCCCUUCAGCAGGCGUAUGAAGUGUAAUCCUCAGUUGCAGAUGGAUGAAUGCAGAGUGGCUAGUGUUGCACGUGGAGUAAGCAAAGGAGAGAAGGACCUGAAAUGCAAACAGUACAGAUAGUGGAAGUUCGGUUUGAGCUAGAAUGUGUGCAAGAUUAGCAGGGUGGUCCUCUACAACAGCCCGGAGAGGUGAUAAAACAAUCAACUUUGGCAAUGCUGAGUUAACUAACCUUUGAAUGGGAAAGGAAACUAUUAUUUCUAUUGAGACCCAAAUGAAUAGAUCAGACUUCAGGAAUUGCAAGUCCAUUUCCUGCUGGAGCCCCCCACUCCCUUUGAAAUUCCUUUAAGAUCACUGACAGAGUAUGCUGGCACACUAAAAUGUUUUGGGUUUUUUUACUGGUUUAUGAAUAUUGCCAGUUCUGUCAGUGUUUUAAUCCCAGGGCUUUUGCAUAGGGCCAGCCUUAUUAGGAAUUGCGAGGCAGCCACCUGAGGCAGUGGAUAUGGGGUGGGGAGUGGUGCUGAUGUGUUGGAGCAGGAUUGGCCCGUGAUGUUUCGCUGCUGAAGUUUAACAGUGUGUGGUUUAACAAUCAAGCCCUCUCCCCAGGGAACUCUGGGAAUUGUAGCUUUGUGGAGGGAGCAGAGGUCUCCUAACAACUCAGCACCCUUAGUGAGGAUUCUUUGAGGGAAGUCAUGACUGUUUAAAGUGGUAUGAUACCACUUUAAAUGUCUAGUACAGAUGAGGCAUAUGACUAAGCUAGCCUGGUGCUGUUCCAUCACCGGUGUUAAAAUAAGAUGUGCCCAAGCCCUGAAUUUUGCAGCCCUCGUUUAACUUAAUUUAUUUGACAAUUGUUGUUUUUAUUUACAGUAUUUGUAAACUGCCUUUCUACAUCGGCUCACCAAAUAAUAGCGUAGAUAGAUAAAUACAAAAAUAUUUCAAAUAAAAUAAUGUUGAAAAAUGUGAAAUUUAAAGAAAAGCACUUUGAAGCUAAAAAAUAUCAUUAAAGGCAAGACAAUCUGUCAACCAUGUAGGUGGGCUGGACCCGGAUGAAUCUGGUGAAAAAGCUUCUUGAAACAUCAAGUCAGGUGACUUUGGUGCUGAAGAAAAUACCACUCGUUUUCCCAGGGACUCCUAGUUCCCCUGAGUCUUCUCCUCUACAGCAGAAGGUAAGCGAGGCCUAGAACAGCCCAAAGGCCACAUUUCCCUGUGGGUACCGCUCUGGGGAGCUGCUUCCCAGUGGUGGGUGAGGCCAGAGGCAAACAUGGGUGAAGCAAAGGACAGGACUCUUACAUUGUACAGUAGGCAGCGUUCAUUCUACAGGAAAGUCAAAGGUUUUUGCACCUCCAUAUACCUCCAUCCUGCACCCAGGCAUGCAAGAGGCAUUAUCCCUUUUCAGGGACAUAUUCCAGCCUAGAACAAGCACCUGAGGGCCUCCUGAGAUCUCUGUGAAGCUGCCCCAUGUGGUAAACCACUGAACAUCAGCUAGCAGCUUCUCAGAUCAUGGACUGACUCCACCUCCAUUUUUUGGCAUAGGAGCCUCCUGGAAAGGAGGUUAUGCACUCCCUCCUUCCCUGGAGUUUUUAAGCAGAGGAUGGGUGGCCACCUGUCAUAUAUGAUUUAGUUGAGAUACUUGCAUUGCAAGAGGUUGGACUAGAUGACCCUCAGGGUCCCUUCCAACUCUAUGAUUCUAUGUAAGGGGUGUUUAUCUGAUUACUCCCUGUAUAAGUCCUGAUGAGAGCUUCUAGAGCUACUGCUGUUUAUCAUCAUUAUCGUUAUUAUUGUUAUUUAUUUCCCUCCCUUCAACCUAAGGUCCCAGGGCGGGUAACAAUAUUAGAAAUGGUUGAAAACAACUUAAAAUCACAGAAAGAAGGUGGGUCCUAAAAAUAUUCACCUCAGGUGUCAAAGGCCAGGUAAAGAGGUAUGUCUUCAGCAUUGGAUGAAGCAGAGCUGGGGUGGUCUCCUUAGACCUUAUCUUUACAGCUAUGGGUUGCUUACUCUGAAGUGAGCAAAAAGGAAAUUCAAGUGCUUCAGAGUCUCUUAGUAAUCUCACAUUUCCAAAUAAAUCUGUGACUAAUCUUUGCUCAUCCUUGUCAGGCUUUUUUUUAAUUUUUAUUUUUUUACGACUCCCCUGGAGUGUCAUUUCCGACCCAAUGAAAAGGCGAAAGCAACAUCUCAACAAUAUACCGAAGGCACAGUGUAGACUGUCCCAUUGACUGUAACAGAUAGGUGACUUUUGUCUGUUCAUUCCAUAGGUGCUGGAAGGUUUGUUUGAUGUUGUGGAACCCCUGAGCUUGCACAGUGAUGAGUCUGCGACUAGUUUUGGUUCUUCGACUUCCAGGUUAGGAAUCAAACAUUUCUGGGGAUUUUAGAGUUUCGGGCCCACUACUGUGCUAUGUAGAUAUUGACAUGUGGACUGUGGGUCUGGUCCAUCAAGGAUUGUUUUCCCUAUCACAGAAAGUGUGGUAAUUUUUGUGCCGGGGGAUGGGGCGGUGGGCAGCAAGUUUGCUGUAUGAGUCAGCUUUAAAUGCUCAUCUCGAAUUUGCUAGUAUGUGGUCAAAUGCCGCCCCAAAAUGGCGACACUCCAGAAGUGCCCUAAGUUGGUGGGUCAUCACUGCAUCCCGUGGGAGCAAAUUCUGUAUAAAUAGACAUUUUUGUGAGGAUGCCCUUCAUUUUCUCUGUCCUGAAUCUCCCAACUUCUUCAGCUUCACUGGAUUACCCCCAGGGUUCUGUGGACUUGACUUAGAAGCUGUGACAAAAUCUGCAACUCAGUGAGUUCUGGUGAUGUCACACUGUACUCAUACUUUCAGUGGGAACGAAACUGCAAAGGGUCGUGCUGGAACUUGCCCAGAGAGGGGCAUUCUCUGGUUCAACGCGCAGAUGGAGUAUCUCUUGAAUAAAUUAGUGACCUUUCCCCCUUCCUGUUGCGCAAACCAAGGUCUGUCCGAGUUUAAACAUCCCAAGAAUAAAAUAUUUUCCAUCCUCUUGGCCUCUCGCUCAGCAGGAACUAGGGGCAGAGGUACUUAGGAAAUUCCUUUGUGAUCUCAUGCUGCAGGGAGGGCUAUCUUAAGGGCUGUUGCAUGGAAGAUGGAGCAAGCUUGUUUUCUCCUGCCCUAGAGGGUAGGACUUGAACCAAUGGCUUCAAGUUACAGGAAAGGAGAUUCUGACUAAACGUCAGGAAGAGCUGUUUGACAGUGGAACAGACUCCUUCGGAAGGUGGUGGACUCUCCUUCCUUGGAGGUUUUUAAGCAGAGGUUGAUGGCCAUCUGUCAUGGAUGCUUUAGCUGAGAUUCCUGCAUUGCAGGGGGUUGGACUAGAUGACCCUUGGGGUCCCUUCCAGCUCUACAGUUCUAUGAUUCUAUCUCGGGCAUAACCAGUGCUUUUUUUCUUUAAAAAAUAUAUUUAGGAGCACUCUCAUUUUGAUUCAAGAAAAUCACCAGUUUAUAGUUUAAAUCGGGGGAAAUAAAUACAGUAAAAGGACAAAAGGACAAAGAUUCACAAAAUGUUUAGGGGUAUGCAGAACCCUGUGUGUCCCCCAGGGAAAAAAAGCACAGGGCAUAACCAUUCUUGUUUGAAUUUUACUAGAACCUUGAGAGAAUUGAGGAUUGUAAUGCUUCAGAGCACACACACUGCUCAAGAAUUUCUUUUCGGGACCAGAACUAAUCUUAAUUUUCACCCAUGAAUCUACCCCUGGUUCCCCCACCCUCAAAUGUUCUUCCUUUCAGUAACCUAAUUUGGAAGGGAAAGUAUUUUUUUGUUGCUGCUGUUUUAAGCAAAUGGUUGUAAAACAAAACAAAACAAUUACUGAUCUACUGCAAAUUGCCUUGGAAUCUAGUGAUUCUGCCUGUCCUAGAUUUCUGGUGGUUAGGGAGAAUAGCUGUGUGUGUGUGUGUGUGUGUGUGUGUGUGUGUGUGUGUGUGAUGGAGAGCCAAGAUCUCUCAAGGUGUGGUGUUAAGGGAAGAAGGGCAAGGGGGAAGGCAGGGGCAAACAUCCAGCUCUGUAGCUGUCUGGGUCCCAGCAUAUUUUGCUGCCGAAUCGGCAUUUGCUGGACUCCUUCUUGUGGCUGAAGUGCCAGACAACUGGGAUCUGAAGUUCUGGUAAACAGUGCACAGCUGCUAUGAAAGAUAGAGCUCCAAGUUUGUUUGUUUUGUUUUCUUUCUUUUCUCCUUGAAAAGCAUGACUGCUGAGGUGGAUGGGAGACCGGAUUUUCUUCUAGGUCUCCCUGCUGAUGAAGAGGAGCAGGAAGCAACCAAUUCAUGGCAUUCGGACGGCUCUCUAGAAGAACCUUCUGGGGCAGGUAAGGAUUGGACAUUGGCUUGCUGGUGGUGGACACACUGAUGCUGGACUCCAUCUCCCAUCAGUCGCAGCCAGCCUAGCCAGCGGUCAGGGAUGAUCGAAGGCAAGAAGAUGCCUUACAUCAGUGAUGGCCAAACUCGGCCCUCCAGCUGUUUUGGGACUACAAUUCCCAUAAUCCCUGACCACUGGUCCUGUUAGCUAGGGAUGAUGGGAGUUGUAGUCCCAAAACAGCUGGUGGCCAAGUUUGGCCAUCCCUGCCUUACAUGAAGCAAGAGCAUAGCAUUGUCUCACUGACUGGCUGUGACACUGUGGGACUUCGGACAGGGGACAUUUGCUGCCCUGCUGGAGAAUCUAGGUCAGUGUUUCCCAUACUCUGGUCUCCAGCUGUUUUCAGACUACAAUUCCCAUCAUCCCUGUCUUGCUAGCUAGGGAUGAUGGGAGUUGUAGUCCAAAAACAGCUGGAGACCCAAGCUUGGGAAACACUGAUCUAGGUACUAAACCAGGAACUUUAUGCAUGCAGAGCAGCUGUUCUGCCACUGGGCUGCAGUCCUCUCACUAUUUGAGCAUUUUUAACGAAGCUUUUUAUCAGCUUGGGCUGGCUCAUUACCUGUGGCCUUCUCUAGAGCAUAGAGGUCUCAGGUGUGCUUUGCUUACAUCCAGGCUAAAUUACUGUCGUGCACACUACUCACAACAAAGAAAUGACAACUGGUGCAGAAUGUGGCAGCUAGAAUGCUUGUUGGAGUUAGUCAUUUAGACCACAUUAUGCCUAUUCUGUUCACGUUUAAAUUGUCUAUUUGUUCCCAGGCCUAAUUUAAGGCUGUGGUGUUAACCUGGUUCUAAACCAUUUAGAGCAAUCUUCACUCUAAAGGGUUUAACUCAAAUCUGCCCCAGCCAGCACUUGAAGGGUGCCAGCUUGACGAAGGCUGAUUUGAGCCUCUGGAGGUUGGCUUACAGCUGUACACAAACCUGCCCAAACUUUGAGAUCAGCAUCUGAGGCUGUAUAUUUUAUUUAUACUAUAUAGUGAUUAAUUUCAAAUUAGCAGUUUACAAAGAAUAUAAGAUAUACAUUGAAUUGUCAAUAAAAAUAGAAGUAAAAGACAAUGUUUUUUAGAAAAAAAUAUCAAAAUAUGAGUAAGAUCAGUGGUUAAAAAUAAACAUUAUGAACUAAAAUUAUAGAUUAAAAUACAUGUCACCUUUACAUGUUAGGAUAGGCUUGCCUAAAUGAACGUUUUUAGCAGGCACUGAAAGGAACAAAAUGCCUGCUUAAUGUCAAUGGGCAGGGAGUUCCAGUGGGUAGUAACUACUACACUGAAAGAUUGGUGUUUUUCAAGUGCAGAAUGAACAUCAUGUGGCAAUUGUACAAGUUCCACUGGUCAAAGUCCUCAUGUGGGCAUACAUAGGGUAAGGUGAUCUUCCAAGUCAGCUGGUCCCAAGCUGUUAAGGACUUUAUAUACUAAUAGUAACAACAUGAACUUGUCCCGGUAACAAAUUGCCAGUCAAGUGUCUGAAUUAACAUGUUACAUGCAGACAGGAUCUCACUCCUCUCAGUCAGUAGUCAUGCUGCAGCAUUUUGCACUAACACCAGGCUCCAGUGGAGCCCCACAUAGAUUGGGGUUGUUUUCAUAGUUUAGAACUUCAGAAUAUGAUUUGCUGCUAUGCUGUUAUGGUAUUGAUGUUUUUAUAACUGUUGCAAACUGACUUGUUGAGGACAAGUGUGCAGAAAGGUGGGUUUUUACCGUAAAUAUCUAAUGAACAAAUGAAUCCUUCUGGUGUAAAAUCUUUUUCCAGACUGAUUAACUUAUGAGCUUUGGUUUGGGUUUUUGACUUGUUCUUCCAGGUGCAUUUGCUGAACCUGUGCUGGAAGGUGAGAGCCUUGUCAGGGUCGAUCCUGAAGGAUCCAGAUCCACUGAUGCUGCUUCCCCUGCCAGACCCAGUACCUUGGAACUUGAAUCAGAAGACUCCACAACCCCUGAGAAUGGGUUUGUCAGAGGAAUCAGAGGGCUGGGAUCUGCAGAUUCUUCCAAAGAGGUGAGAGUUGCAUUGUGUUUUGCUUAUUUCUAGGUUUUAUUUAGACCCUUUGGCUUCAGGUCUAAAAAGGCCUCCCUGAAUGACUGAUGAAAUAGAAACAAAAAUGUAAACUAAUUCAGCAGGAGCAAUCCCAGCAUUGUCUCCAGACUGUCAGCAUUUUGCAGGAGCGAUUCAGUCACAUACUGUAAAUUUGGGUUUCCGCAAUUAAAGUGGAUUAAAGCACCCUAUUGCUCUGGUGCAACAAAUUCACUUUACAAACAAAACAGGUCUUUGUGGCUAGAAAAGUGACAGGGAACUGCAUAAAAAGUGUGGGAUAGAUGGUUGAUCAUUGGGAAGUCUAAGGGCAUGUUCAAUUUACUGCAUCCAGUGCACUCUCACUGCUAGUUUUUAAAGCUACGUAGACAUGUUAGCCACAAUCCAUAUCAAUCCUAUGAUAUCUUAACAAAUGCUGCUAUUUGGUGAGUCCCGCCCCCCUCAAACCAGUCUUAAACAAAUUGUAAAACUGUGAGUUUGCGUUUCUACUGAAUUGUAGUGUGAUUUCCCCACUCACUUUUUAUUGUGAUGUGGGGUGGCUGGCACCAGCAACAAGAACACUCAGCUAUUCUUACAGAUCCUGAUAAAUUGCUUUUCUCCCCCUCUCAUCCUUUCAGGGCAGUGUUGAAUAUCGACGAAAGCAAAAAGGUGAGUACCAGUAACAUCAAUUCAUCCUUCAAUAUUACAAGCAUUUCAGCCUAUGCUAAACCUGUGUAACGUGUCCAUAAAUAUAUUCUGGUUGGAAGGAGGAGGAGAACAGUUCUUUCUUGUAUGCCACUAUUCACCAGACAAGGGAGGGGGGAACUUUUAUGUCCCCCACGGGCCAAGUUUGACAGGUGGGUGGUCAGUCUCUUGGCAUGAUACCAGGUGACCCAUGUUUGCCCUCGUGGUUGAUCAGCUGAUUGCCAGAGCUGCUUACAGCCACGCAUGGGGAAUGUUGUCCCAGAGUUAUCUGAAGGAUUAUGAAGACUAGCAGAGCCUUCCCUUCCAGAGGCUCCUGCCCCCUUGAGAGAGCUGAAUGCAAUCUUUAAAGGGUAGUGUGCCUGUGGUAGUUUCUACAGCUGCAUAUUCUGGAGUGGCUGUGAGGUUACAGGGUCAUCCUCCAAGUCCCUUGCAGAUAGGGACCUGCCAUCUGGAGGGCACCAGGUUGGUGAAUACUGGUCUGGCGUAAUGAGGAAGCCACAAUUCUAGAGGCAACAGGAGAAGGGAAAGCAAGGAAAUAAUGAAAAGGAAUGGGAUUGUGCUUGAAAUUGGCAGUCCUGUUCUUUGUAAAGUGUCAUGCACACAGAUUUCAGUUUGUCUGAAUCGGAGUCCUUCUCAUGCCAUCCCUGGGUCCCUGAGGCAGGGAAUGUGACACCUGGAACCCUGAAGAGGCGCAUUCUACACUGCAACAUUUUCUUGCAGAUACCUGUUACCUCGUCAUAUGGGAUAUGUAGACCAAACUCACACCCACACUGUAUACAUUUAAAGCUUGAGGCUUUCUCCAGAGAAUCAUGCUGGAAACUGUAGCUCUGUGGGAGUUAAACUACAGUUUCAAGGAUCCUUUAGGGGGAGCCUUGGCUGUUCAAGUGGUAUUAAUGUGCUUUAAACCUAUGGCGACCAAAGCUGCAUCCCUAGAAGGAUGGGUUGCUCUUGGCCCUUCUAUAAAUGCCUCCCUAAGUCAGCAAAAGUUUUUUUAAAAAGUGCUUGUGGUGGAAAAAUCGCAAACUGUAUACUAUGAGCCUGAUUUUUUUUAGUAAAUUGCACUGUGCAUCCUGUCCUUCCUUUUUGUCAUAAUAACACACCCGCCCCCGCUUGUGUUGAGGAAUGGCAACCCGACUGAGUCGCCGCCGAAUCUCCUGCCAGGAUCUGGGCCAGGUGGACUGCGAUGGCUGGCUCCUUAAGAAGAAAGACCAUGGGGGCUUCAUGGCCCAGAAAUGGAAGCGGUUUUGGUUCGUGCUGAAGGGUCAAUCCCUCUACUGGUACAGCAACCCCAACGUGAGUGCAUCGUAGGUCGCUAAGUAUUUCAGAGAGUCAUGGAUCACCAAAGGGUAGCCCUGUUCAUUGUUGUCGUCGCUGCAACAGAGCAUCUGUCCACGUUCAAGCUGUUAAUCUACUUUCCCCUCAUUUGAAUUGGAAUGGAAUAGUCCACACAUAUUUGAACUUGUAUAUGAGGAGCAACUUCUGUCUUUUUUGUUCAUAUCAGUAGAUGUUCGCUUUUGUGUUUGUCCCUGCCUUCUAAUUUCUUGACUCCUUUAUUCCAAUUAAGUGCUUAUGCGGCACAUACACUCCCCCCCCCCACCGCCUAGGAAGUGCGCAAAAGCACACAGUCAGGCAAGUGUAAAUUCCCAGCACACAUAUCUGUGGUUUUCUGGUUUUGUGCAAAUCUGAGAGCUCCAAAGAAAAAAUACAAUUUUUCCUUCUUAUUUAUUUAAUACUUUUUAACACCGCCUUUCUGCAACAUAAAAUUGGUCAGGGGAGGGAGCAGUCUGACUCUGGAGCUGGCCCCAAUGUUGUUUUUGCCUGCCUCCCUUUCUUCUUAACAGAGCAGAGAGUGUCCUAUACAACAUUCAAGAUACAAUGUAUUACGACACUCUGAUUCUACAGAGAUGGGCAACUAUGCUAUGGAGAUGGGCAACUAUGCUAUAUGGGGGGCAUGCAAAGGGGAGUAGCAGGAAGUGACAACUGAUCCACCAACCACCAAAACAAAUUGUCUGCAAUCCUGAGUGGAGCAGUUUGGAGCACAUUUUCCCGCAGCUUAUCAAUGUAUCUCCAGAACAGUUCACAACAUAAAAUUACAUGAUAAAAAACACAAAAUGAUUCGUUCUCUGCUAUUGCUAGUUGCAUCCAGGUUGCAACUGGCCAGUUUCAAUGCAAGUUGAAGACCAUGCCCAUGAGAGCUGGCUGCAUCUCGAUCAUGGAUGUUGGGAGCUGUGGUCCUGCAACAUCUGGCGGUCUGCAAGCUCCCCUUCUUUGCUUUAUAGCUUGCCCAUGGAAGGUUAGGAGCAGCCUGCGGUUCCUACAGCUUUCCCUUGCUUUCUGUUGGCAACUGUAGUAGAAACCUGUUCAGCAUUCCUGGGCUGCCACUUUAUAUAUGAGUAGCAGCAAGUGGAGCCAAUCAGGUUGUGAAGUGCUGCUCUGUUUUAAUUGGUGCUUUCCCUUCUCUUACCCCAGGAUGAGAAGGCUGUGGGUUUCAUCAAUGUGUCAGCAUACAGACUGGAAAGCAAAAAGGAACAGAAGAAGAAAUAGUGAGUAUGUGCAGUGAGCCUGAUGGGUGGCUCUGGAGACAUCUUGAACAUUGAACAAACAGGGGAAGCUGACUUCUACAGGGUCAGGCUUCUGAUCCAUCUAACACAGUAUUGUCUACACCACCCUGGGUUCCCUAGAGGGAUGUGCACAUCAUAAAUCCAAUAAUUCACUGACUGGCAGCAGCCCUCUGGGGUUUCAGGCAGGAAAUCUUUUCCAGCCCUUCUUGGAGAUGCUGGGGAUUGAACCUGGGAACCUUCUGCAUGCAAGGCAGAUGCUCUUAUCACUGAGCUACAGCCCUGCUCAUAAAUGAAAGGGAAAUGCAUCCAUUAAGUAGGGAGAAAGAAUGGCUAGGACCAACUACCCUCUGAGAAUCACCCCAGCGUGGGGUUUCAACUAGCAACAGUGUAAGAUGCUUACUGUUUUUGUUUACUUCACCUACUAAUUGCUUCCUGUAAAACAUCCUUGAGCAGUUUAACAAUAAAAACAUCAGUGGUAUAUUGUGGAAUGUGAAACAGGGACCUCAGGUGUCUGAUCUGGUUGGGAGGAGGAGGAGGUUUGGAUCCCAAGGAGGGCUGUCAGAGGAGAGUUCAGCUCCCAUAACACAGAGUCCCCAAGCCUGACAUCGUCCAAUGAGGAGCCGCUUCCAGCACCUCCACCUGUCAGCAGGGAGGCUUCCCAGGGUGGUGUUUGGGGAAAAGUCUGAUAUCAAUCUGGCUCCAACUCCACUCCUGACUCCCAAGGAUGUGGCAGUGUCAGCACCAGAGCAAACAAACCUCACAAAUCCAGCCUAUGUGGAGGAAUAACAUUGGUUUGCCCAAUCCCAAGGCUCUAGGUGCAAACUGCAUGAAUUGAAGGGCCCCCCUUCAAAAGGAGGAUGCCAGGCGCAUGUCAAGUGUUGGAUCAAUGUCUUACCUACCCCUAGCCAUGACUUGUUCUACUCCUCUGCGUUUCACCUGUUUGUAGCCUGUAGAGCCUUGAAAAUGGUUGCAGUGGGCAACUUCACUCUCCCAACCUCUUUGGCUCAGGAUAUGCUGAGAUAGAUCAUUUGACUCUAGGACGCUGUAUUGAUUUCCACAAUAAAGCUUUCAAAAUGGACAUAGUGAAGAGUCCAGUUCCAGGUCUAAGGGAAGGAGAGCCAGGAUAAAUGGGAGGAAUAUGCAAAGCAGCUUAGUGAGGACUGAGCAUGCUUAGUGGGCAUGGAAUGCUGACUGACUGAUGCGGAAAAGGAAUAUCCUGGAAGAGAGCUUGGCUGAAUGGCACCCGCUGCAGAGCUCUGUUGCAGGUCCCGCUAGUCCGUCAUAUUGUUCAGUUCAUCAGUCAUUUUAUUCAAGUUCUUGGACCAUAAUUCUAUCAAUCUUUCAUGUGCCUAGAGUCGAAUGAUCUAUCUCAGCAUAUCCUGAGCCAAAGAGGUUGGGAGAGUGAAGUUGCCCACUGCAACCAUUUUCAAGCCUUGACACACAACUGUAACCAUGCAGAUUUGUAGUUGGGUAUGGGCGGGCCUUGCAAAGAAUCAUGGGGAAUUCCACCACAGCCACCUUUUCUCUUUUUCUGCAGUGUCUUCCAGCUUACCCAUGAGAAAUACAAGCCCUUUAUCUUUGCAGCAGAGACCCUGGCUGACCUGAGCAUGUAAGUAGCCAAAUGGCCUGAGCAAUCUCAGGUUCCACCCUAGAAGCAACUUUGGAGACUGAUGCAUCCCAUGCAAAGUUGUCUUGAGUAGUGUUGCAAUCCUUGACAGAUGUUGCUUGAUUUCCCUAAAGGCCUCACUGCAACCUUAUUGUGGAGGGCCAUAAACCGAGAAAGAUGACCCUAGUCAAAUUCCAGCCAGGGUUUGCACAGAAAAACAAAAACUGUGAAGAAAUCUAGGGCGUAUCUGUUAUCAGCUGCUUCAAGCUGACAAAUUCCUGAGUCUGUGGCUCUCCAGCAAAUACCCAAAUACACUUUGCGGAAUGAAGUCAUCAAGGGGAGUUGAGAGGCAAAGCAGCGUUAAUACUGCUAAUAAAAAGAUCAUAUUCAAGUAGAUAUUUGUUUUUAGUGAUUUCAUAUACCGCAGUAAGGAAAAUUGUCUUGAGCAUCUGGGUAAAUCUCAAAAUAGACUGUUUCUCUUCCCAGGUGGGUCAGCCGUUUGAUAACUUCUAUGAUGAAAUACACUCCAGUCCAUAAAUCUGUUCCACAUAGGCAAGAAGGUGGGCUCUCAAUACUCGAUUCAAAAUGUUUAUGUCUCAACUUUGUAAUUUACAAAAAUCACUAAAAUGCAUCCUUGAAACAGCAGUAUCAGAUCUAUUCCUGCAUUGCAGGGGGCUGGACUAGAUGAUCCUUGGGGUACCUCCCAUGAUUCUAUUAUUCUACUAAGAGUGCCUAAAAUGCAUUAAAUUAGGUGCCUGGCAAGCAUCCCGGGAUGUGAGAAUUCCAGAGGCAGGAGAGUGCCGUUUCCACAGUUGCUAUCCAUUUCUGAUAGAAAGGUUAUCUGUAAAAGGGCAUCCACUUCAUAAACAAAACCUAUUCAGCAUAUUCUCUCUCUGUAAACUGAAGGGACUCUAUUGCCUGUGAUUCCUAAAUCCAUCUUGAUUCCUAAAUUCAGGUCCAGAGAUGUUCCAUUUGGUUUUGGCAGACAAGAGUCAGUGUUGUAGGGAGUGCUGAGCUACUUCACCAAACGGUCCAGCACUUGGUUCAUUUCUGUGUCACGCUAAGCCAAAUCAUGGGUCUCAGAGAGAUCACGGCCACUUUGCUCCUCCUCAGAUCCUGCUCCUGUGAGCUUAAGCCAUAGUUCAGCAGGCAUACGGUUUGACUUGUUCCAGGCAAACCACAAGCUGCAACCAAGGUUUGUUCUUGGGUUUACAGCUCAUGAUUUUCCUGGAGGAGGCAACCCACAAGAUUGGUUUGGGACGCCACACUGAGCUAAACCAUGGCACAAUUCAUAGGAGCGCAGCAGCAGCAAGACUGAGGGGAGGAGUGCAGCAGGAACUCAUGCGUUCACACGAAGCCAUAGUUUGGCUUUGUGUUAUGUGCAAACUAGUCCUCUGAAUAAGGCAGCUUUCUCCAUUUCUGUCUUGGGAUUUUCAGAGACACAAACUUAUGUGUUUUGACAGUGAGAAAGAACAGUACCACAUUCUCUUUAAUUGCCCCCUACAGAAAGGUAGAGAAAAUAUGUCUCUUGCUGGGACUGAAUUUCAUGGUGAAUUUCAUGUAAUGGAAUGUGAUUGGACAUUGAGAAUUUUCUUUGAAAAAAUUCCCCUUUGAACAGAUUGCUACAGUGAAACAGAAGCAGAGGACCCUGAGGAUGACUCUCCUAGGCAUAGCUUUGAUCUGGUAAGUAUCUUAUGGAAGGAUCAUCUUUACUAUGCACCCCAUAGUAAAGAUGUGUGACCCAAAAGAGGUUCCCUGAAAUUGCAAGCCCAUUCCCAUUUAUCUGAGCUAUGGGGGUAAGUGGGAAUGGACUCACACACUCAGUGCCUGCCAAAAGGUUGUGAUAAUGCUAUAUUGAUGGUGCAAUUGAAAUGUUGCUGUGGGGAAUCCCCUUUUCACAUCAAACGCAAUUGGGGAUUCUCCACAUUUUUUCAUUCCUCUUGUUCAAUGCAUGAUGUAUUCAUGUAAAAAUUAGUGCUAAUCUUCCCUCCCCAUCCUUUUCCCCUCCAGUUUCAUGUCUCUUAAAUUGUGAGCCUUAGGGAAGGGGCUGUCUUCUCACCGAUAUUUGCAAGCAGCUCAGGGAGCCUUUGGGGCUGAAGCGUGGCAUAAGAAUGCCAAAAUGGGCUUAUCCACCUUUCUUCUUGUCCCACUGCUUUCCCCCUGGGGAAAACUGCUCUUUAGCACUCAAUUGGAGCAAACAGCAAUUUGGGUUUUCUCUGGAUUGAUGGUGGCUCUGAUUUAGCACUAAAGAGUCGGUUUUCCCUGGGAUAGGAGCAGGGCAAAACCACUCAGACCCGCGAGCAGAAAGUGAAGUUCAAGCAGAAAACCGCUCAGACUCAUGAGCAGAAAGUGAAGUUCAAGCGGAAAACCACUCAAACUCAUGUUUUCUAGAUAUGGGACAAGCUGAAGGGUAGGCAAGCCCAGAGAUAAUGAAUUUAGUUCUUCCUGACUCCAUUUCUUGCACGCUAUAAUAAAAUCUUACUUUCUUUCAGCCAAAGCGGAGGGAACUGGAAAAAGAUCAGCUGCUAACAGGAGCCGUAGGGAAUAACGAAUCCCCAAGCAGGAGUCCUCUGGGUAGUCCCCUCCCAAGACAAAAUGCAGACCACAGCCCAGCAUCGCCCUCUCCCACAGGUGAGUUUCACGUUGCCUCCCCCUUCCAAGUUUAUGUAAGAAGAAGAAAAUGCAGCCUUAGCAACACAGUUCAUUAUUCUUCUCUGUGAAAGGCUGUUCCUCUUGUACUAGCCCUGCCCUCUAGGGCAGCAGAGUUCUAGAACACUUUUGCUUAUGGUUUUCAACCUUCUGCCUCAUGAAGAUCCUUCAGGGGAAGAACUGGAGUCUUUGAUCAAGUGUCUGAAGCAAGGCGGAGUGUCUCUCAUUGGGAAACAGCAGGUGUUCACCCGCGAAUAUUACCGGAAGUCCUUUGUCAAGCGCAACAAGAACCCGGAGAUCAACGAGAAGGUUCAUCUUGUUCGGACCCUCCAAAGCACACUCAAGGUAGGUGGAGCAUCACUUUACACUGGGGAGGGGAACAUCUUUCAACCUGAGGGCUGCAUUCCCUUCUGGGCAACAGGCAGGAAGCAUGAUCAGAGUUCAAGAACAUGUUCUGCAUAGGCAGAAACACUCAAGGAAUGUGCCAAACAAGGUCAGAGAGGGGGAAUGACCUGGGGAGAGGAGGUGUAGCAUGGAAAGUGAGGGGUGGGCUAGAAAUCAGGUGUGGGGAACCUAUAGCUCUCAAGAUGUUGCAGAACUACAACUCCCACCACCCCUGGCCAUUGGUCAUGCUUGCUGGGGCUGAUGGGAGUUAUAGUUCAGCAAGAUAUAGAGGGCCAAAGGUUCCCCACACCUGCGAUAGAUACCACAACCAGCAUGGAAAUGCAACAGGCUGGCAGUUUCCUAAGUUUUAAAAUCCUUGCAAUUCUGGGCUUCAUAGGCUUAAACAUAAAUUUUAAAAGAACAGUGCAUCAGCAUUAAAGAUGGGACCUUCCUUCCUCCCUCAGGCAAAAACAGCUGAACUUCAGCUACUCGAUAUUCUUCUGGAUGACUCUGAACUGACCUCUGAGAAAUUCAGAGCAUGGAAAGAACAACAUCAGGAGUUGUACCAGGAAAUCCAGGCCUGGUGGGCCAAGAGGGUGAGCCAAGAGGAUGGCGCAAGAACAGACUAUGUGUCAGACUUCAACCCAGAGGACGCUGUUGCUGCUGCUGCUGCUCCUCCAUAA